CUCAGGCACCGCCUCUCAUCUAAUAUGUUGGAGUUCUCUCAUUUACAACUACGUUAGUUAGUAUAAUUCAGAGGCAGCAUGGAAGCAAAAAAGGCUGUUUGCGUGCUCAAAGGCACCGGUGAAGUGACCGGCACCGUCUAUUUUGACCAACAGAAUGAAAAGGCUCCAGUGAAGGUCACUGGUGAAAUUACUGGCCUUACAAAAGGAAAGCAUGGCUUCCACGUUCAUGCUUUUGGAGACAACACAAAUGGCUGUAUCAGUGCAGGGCCACACUUCAACCCCCACAAUAAGAGUCAUGGUGGACCUGAUGAUCAAGAGAGACACGUUGGCGACCUUGGUAAUGUGACAGCUGGUGAUGAUGGUGUUGCAAAAAUCGACAUUGUGGACAAACAUCUGACACUACAUGGGCAACACUCCAUUAUUGGAAGGACCAUGGUGAUUCACGAGAAGGAGGAUGACUGUGGUAAAGGAGGUAAUGAGGAAAGUCUUAAAACUGGCAACGCUGGAGGUCGUCUGGCCUGUGGGGUUAUUGGCAUCACCCAGUGAAGCUCAACACACAAGCCAGUUUAGAAAUGUCUGUGACCAAUGUGGAAGCCCCCUAUAAGCACUUAGUACAUUUCUAUUUUUGCAAUUUAAUGUGUUAAGAAUAGCGGUUCUCUACUCAUUUAAAGCUGUCUUUUGCAUCUGUCUGCUUGCAGCCAAUAGAUGUUAAUUUCCACUAAUUUCUGCUUUACUCAAUAAACGUUCUACUGACUUGC